AUGCCGCUGAUGGCUUUGGCUAAGCAGGUUCGGGACACCCAUGCUGACGAGAAGACGCUCCCGGAGACAGCGCAUGCACAGAAGGUCUUGGCCACGCGAGCGGAGCUGCUGCGGGACAAUUGGCCAGUGGACGAUGAUGUGGUGCAUGCAAUGGCAGGCGUCGAUUUGAAUGCCAUCUUCCAAUGCCUUGAGAGGAACCGGGUGAAGGAGCCUGCAUGGAAGCCAGCCUAUGCAAAGUACUUGGACGACUCCCGCGUGGCGCACCUGGAGCAAGGUGGCUACGUCUUCGAGAACUUGUCCGUGUACAUGGUGCUGCUCCAACUUCUCUCCCCUGCGCUCCAUCACCCUGGGGCACGGGUGCUGGAUGUUGGAUGCGGCACCGGUUUCCUGACAGCGGUGCUGGCCACCAUGAUAGCCGAACGGUCUGGCCAUGUAGAAGCCAUUGACAUCUUCCAGAGGCAGGUGGAGCACGCUGAGCGAGACAUCCGCGAAUGUCUGCCGCACCUGCUGCCUUUCUGCUCCUUCCAGGCGGCUGUGAACCACGAAACGCGGAAGGUGGCGAAUGGCUGGGAGUAUACGUGCGAGGAGUGUUUCGAUGCCAUUGCUGUGGCAGCCCAGUGCGACCAUCCGCCCGAGAAUCUGGUGCGCUUGCUGAAGCCCAACGGCAUUCUCGUGUGUCCUGUGGGACCCGUGGUGCCGAUCGACUCGAAACAUCCGGGGAGAAGCGUUGGUGAGAUCGAGACGAUGGCCGAGCUUCGGUUCACCAAGGAAGGUGUGCCGAUCUACGAUGGUUCUCCGGAGCUGUUUGUGGCGUUCCAGAGGGCAGCGCUUAUCUAUGCCGAGACCAUAGAAUGGAAGAAGAGGAGCCUUGUGGGACCCAGACUGCAGGCGGCGUUGGAGGGAAGUGCGAAAAUGGUUGUGGAGCACAAGAGUCCAGGGUGGAUAUCCCACCCGAAUGGCGCUUCGCAGUUGCUAGAGUGCCUUAAGCAACAAGUUCGCGCUCCCACGCUGGCCGAGGCUGGAAGGACGAUGUCCAGGUUCUUCUACGGCAUUAAGAGGCGCAGAGGAGAAGGGAUGGCUGCAUGGAUUGUCAGACAUGACGAGGCCUUGCUGGAGGCAAAGAGGACACUGGCGGAGGCCAUCCAUGAGUAUGGGCCAGGUCCAAAGAAGUCUUCGUUGCCAAGGACGUCAUCGUGGAGAUCCUCAGGCCGUCCGCCACGACAGUCGCGCGGCUCGUCGCAGCAAGAAGCCGAUGAGCCAGGUGAUGAAGAGGCCGCUGAAGGAGCGGCUACCGAGGCCACGGAGGAGACAGAGGAGACGGGGGCAUCCGAGCAUGCCGCUGAGGGCGAUGAGGAGGAGGAAUGGUUCUACGAUCCAUGGUGGAGCUCGUCAUGGAGCUCCUGGUCGUGGGGUUCUCAGGCCGGAGACCAGUCCCGCUGGAGCUCAGACCGCAUGGGCUCUGGAAAGAGCUGGGCGUCAUGGGACGCAUCUGAGGCGGCAUCGGCGCAAGCCGAAAAGUUCUUGCCUGAUUUUGUCAUAGCUUGGCUUCUUCUUCAACGGUCAGGACUGGAUGCUUCGGAGAAGAGCGUGAUCGUGGCAACGUUGAAGAAUAACUUCAGCAUUUCCAAGGUCAAGGAGGCUCUGAAGCUGACCUGGCCAGAUGAUGAUCUGAAGCGGCGUGACUCAAGCCGGAACAACAAUGCCAUGUUCAGCGUGGAGGAGGAAGCUAUGUUUGCCGACGACGAGGACUUCGAGACACCUUCUGUUCCAGAAUGGGAGGACCCAGAGGAAGGCUACGCCUAUGCUGCACUGGAAGAUGAUGCCCAAGAGGCACUGGCGGCUCUGGAAGAUGCUCGACAGACCUUAAAGGAGGCAAGAGAGAAGCAGGCUCAGAUGAGACGCAACCGGAAUUUCUUUCCAAGUCGCUCCACGGGAGGCAACCGCGCCGGAGGCGGUCGUCCUCCCAUCAAGUGCUUCCGAUGUGGGGGUAACCACAUGCGCAAAGACUGCCCUCAGAACAACAAGCCGUCUACCAACGAGCAGAGAGUGCACUUUGUCUUCUCGGCGACCAAUGAUGAGGCAACUGCGGAGCCAGAGGAUGGCUCGGCGGCUUCCCCACAGGAGGCCAGUCUGCUUGCUCUUCACAAUGUGGUACAAUCCGGAAAUGCCAUUAUUGAUGGAGGGGCUACCAGCAGCUUGGGCUCUGAGGAGGCCAUGGCCCAAAUCGCCGCCCUGAACUGGGAGGCCACGGGCGAUGACCGGAUCAAGAUCGCGCCGGAGGAGCAGCCGUCGUUCAGGUUCGGCAACAACGCGCAGCAUCGCUGCAUGUCGACGGCCUUGGUGAAGCUCCCAAGCCAACGAGUGGACAGCUCUAUGCGGGUCCACGUGCACGACAUCCCAGGUCAGCCGGUGUUGCUGAGUGUGAAGAGCUUGAGGGCUUUGGGCGCAGUCAUCGAUUUUUCAAAAGACCAGGCAGUGUUUCGAAGCCUGGACCCAGCAGCCGUGGUGACCUUGAAGACCACGGAAAGCGGACACCAGUUAUUUCCGCUGACUCGUGAUGUGCUAGAAGGGGCUACUCCGCUGAGACGACCGUUUAAGUCCUUUGAGGAAUGUGAUGAAGCAGCACAUCGCGGGCCCAAGCCCGAAUAG